GUUUGGGCUUUCGUCUUCACCACCUUGGAAGAACCUGCAAGGAAAGCUAUACCUUUCUCGACCUGUUUUGAGUUAUUUUGUGAAUUAUCUUUUGAGUUAUUUUGUUCAUUUAGCUCUAAUUCACAAAAUAACUGUCUAAUUUUAACUUUGACAAGUUUCUUAAAACUUUAUAGGCAUCUAUUAUAUUAUAGAUGCCCACAAUGCAUUUCGAGGAAAUGAAUUUAGGCCAUACUUUAUAACGUCCCUAUUUUCCAGCUGGUGGGCGAUCAAAUGAAGUUCGUUGAGGUUGUCCUUGAUUCUUGUGUGUAGUUGGGUUAUCAUUUCUCCUUCCUGUAUUUUUUAUGUUAAGUAAAUUGUUUAAUAAUAAAUCAUGCUUCGUUACCUUAACAUCGCUUAUGCCUUCGUGUAACUCAACCAGCUUGUCCCAGAGCUCCUUUGAGUUUUCGAACAGUCCUACACAGUUGAGUUCUUCCUUUGUUAGCUCACACAGGAGGGUGUUUAGUGUCUUUGAGUCAAUUUGGGUCUUCUUCUUCAUUUUCGGAUUUUAAUUUUCUGGGUUAAGUGGCACAUCGGUUGCAUCGUCUUUUGGAGCCUUGUACCCUCAUUGUAUGUUGAACCAUUGAUCGAUGUCAGUCUUCAGGUAGACCUCCAUCAUCCUCUUCCAAUAUGGGAAGUCAUCCCCACUGAAGAGUGUAGAGUGAGCAGUGCUAUACCCUUUGCUUUAUGCCAUUUAGAUCUUGCAAAAAGAAUGAAUAAAGAAACAAAGUCCCAAGACUUGGAUUAGUAGUACCGGAGAGAAAGAAUAACAAAUGUGAAAAAGCGAUUCGAGUGGUGUUGCACCAAUUUUGAGCAAUUACAUAAAAUUGGAAACUUUGUCAAAAGAGUUGAUCACCAAUUCAGACUUGAGUUGAAAAGUUAAAAACCGAAAAACGAAAUAAGAAAAAGAAAACCCUACUCGAAUGUUAAUUGCACUAAUUCAGAACGAACCUGCUCAGAUACCACUUAUUGGAUUGAUGCACGUGAGAGGGGAGACGAAUCACGUGUAUUUUAAAAUUUUCUUUUUUAAAAAAAAUAAGUGCACAGCGGAAUAAGAACUAAGUACGAAAAGACAAAAAAACAAAUAUACAAGUAUUUACUUGGUUUGGAGCCUUCGACAACUCAUAUUCCAAGAUUCAGGCCCUUUAAACCUUUCCUGAUGGAUAAUCCACUAAAAUUCUGUACUGGUAAACUAUUGGUAAAGUAAUUGAGAACAAAAAAGAAAGGAAGUGUGACAAGCCUGCACUUCCUUAUGCAAUAAUUAAAUUAACUUAAAAGUGUUACCCAAUACAAAGACGGAGAAAUGAUUAAGCUCGAGUGUCGAUGUUGGUCCGUCUGCAGUAGUUGGGUGUAGUAGCGUCGUAGCACAGUAGUAACAUGAAGAUAGCACAGAAGGAUGAUCAUGGAAGCUGGUAGAAAAGUUGUGUCAUUGCUCUUGGUCGAACCCUCCUUUUAUACAACAUUAGAGGCGCCUCCAACAGUUCAGGGCGCCUCCAAUAUCGCUUAUAUGAUUCGUAAACUUCAACUUCUAUCUGUUUGAAGGCGCCUCUAACAACUCUGAGGCGCCUCCAUCACCUCCGAGGCUCCUCCAAUCACCUUUGAGACGCCUCCAUUGGCCGAAACUCUAUCUGCGAAACUUAUUUGCACGAGGGUACCUUCACCCUCCAUGGAGCCUUCAUCACAUCAGCUGAGGUGCCUCCAAGCACUUGAGCCGCCUCGAGCACUGUUCAUCCGAGGGUGAUUUUUUGCACUUAACUCCCGUAAAAAUAUAUUAGUCCAAUAAUAAAAAAAUAACCUGCAAAAUAGAGUUAGUACAUAACAAAAUAAGAUUUAUGAAUGAGAUCAUGCCUUACCAAGACUAAGAUAUAGUUUGGUCUCAAUUUAUACUUCCAAAAUAGAUCUAAGUUGGAUCAACACGUACAAUCCCAUUGGGGCUCGUCCUCACUAAAUGUCUUUCUUCCAGUGCUUAUCUCACUUACCAUUUGCAAACUUACUUAACUUUGAUCUCAUUAACCCACCAGGUCUUCCUACCAGAUGUCUUAUUUGUUAGGUCCCGUAGACCUAACUGGAAUUCUUGCCUGAUAUCAACCUAUCUGGGCUUUCUGUCAGUUAUCAGGUUCUCCAGGUCUAAUUGGACUUCAACCUAGUGUCAUGUCCUAUCAAGUCUUUUUGUCAUGCACACUUAGUAAACAACUCAUAACACACAAUAUCUAAGUUUAACCUUUUGUAUAUAUCAAAACCUGAGUUUGAUUAUCAGUGUUGAUUGCACCAAUGGUUUUUCUAUUAUUCCCUUUUAGAUUGAAGGUGCAUAUUCUGAAGAUAACAAAAGUUUGAGCAAUUGGGAUGUCUUCACACAUGUACCAGGUAAUCAAAGCUAUUAGAAAGAUCGACUCCAAAGUCCUCCCUAUUUAUUAUGGAAACAUUGAGGAUGGGGGAAAUGGUGACAUUGCUGACGACCACUAUCAUCGGUUCAUGGAAGAUAUUAACUUAAUGCAAGAACUUGGGGUUAACUCCUACAGAUUUUCCAUCUCAUGGUCAAGAGUUCUUCCAAGAGGUCAAUUUGGCGAUGUAAACACAAUAGCUAUACAAUUCUACAAUGGACUUAUUGACACCCUUUUGCACAAAGGCAAAUAUAUCUUUUGGAAUUCAACCAUUUGUGACAAUCAACCAUUUUGAUAUACCUCAAGAACUUGAAGAUAGAUAUGGUUCAUGGUUGAGUACACACAUACAAGAAGAUUUCGGCUACUUUGCAGAAGUAUGCUUUAGGGAAUUCGGAGAUAGAGUGAAGCUUUGGUCAACACUCAAUGAACCAAACCUUUUUGCGAGAUUUGCUUAUCGAGAUGGAACGUUUCCACCAGGGCGUUGUUCAGAACCAUGUGGAAAUUGCCAUACUGGAGAUUCAAAAACAGAACCAUAUAGAGCCGUCCAUAAUAUGAUUUUGUCGCAUGCAGUUGCAGUUGAUAUCUAUAGGAAAAAAUAUCAGGUCAAACAAGGUGGUUCCAUUGGAAUCGUUGUCACCUCAAAAUGGUAUGAGCCAUUGACAAAUUCAACAGAUGAUUGUUUAGCGGCUGAACGAGCUUUAUCUUUUGAACUCCUAUGGAUUUUAGAUCCCAUACUGCUCGGUGCUUAUCCCCAGCCAAUGGUUGAAAUCCUUGGUUCUAGAUUGCCUUCCUUCACAUCGGAAGAAAAGAAACUACUGCAGAGCAAAUUGGAUUUCAUUGGAAUCAACCAUUACGCGAGCAAUUAUGUCGAGGAUUGCAUGUUCUCUUCGUGUGAUUUGGAUGGCUAUGACUUUGAUGCAUUAUUACUCAAAACUGGAUAUAGAAAUGGGAUGCUGAUAGGAGAUCCUACUGCUAUGCCGACAUUUUAUGUCGUUCCCCGUGGAAUCGAAAAUCUGGUCCUCUAUAUCAUGGAAAGAUAUAAAAACAUUCCUAUGUACAUCACAGAAAAUGGCUAUGCACAAGAAAGCAAAGGUACAUAUGAGGAAUUGCUCAAUGACACACAGAGGAUCAAAUUUAUGAGCUCCUACCUCAAGUUUUUGCACUCGGCCAUGAGGAAGGGAGCUGAUGUGAGAGGCUACUUUUGCUGGUCUCUUCUCGACAAUUUUGAGUGGGCACAUGGUUAUACUGUCAAAUUCGGGCUCUAUCAUGUCGACUUUCAGAUGCUACGAAGAACAGCAAAGCUGUCUGUUAACUGGUACAAGAAAUUUCUCAGUAGUGAAAAGCUACAAACGAAGACCAAAACACUGGGAUUUGAGGUUUAACUGCCGUUUCCAUAUUGAAUUGUAGAUCCUCUCAUGAAAACAACAUGCAACCAAAUUCUUAUUAUUCCAUUUGUAACUUCCAUUGUUAUGUCAAAUAUCAAUAAACCAAUCCAGAUCCACUGUAUAUAUUUUUAAAAUUUCUAAGAUUGUUGGUUAUAUUUGAUUCCAAAUA